CUCCAACACCACCACAUCUUCGCACCACAGCACGUUGCUUCUACCGAUAUCAAACCUCAGCAUCCGAACGAUCCCGUCAUCAUGUGCGGCACCGAUUGCUUCUUGAUGCUCUUGAGCGUCCUCUUCCCACCAGUUGGAGUGUGGGUCAAGAAAGGCCUCUGCAGCGCAGACUCCCUCAUCAAUCUUGCCCUCUGCUGUCUCGGUUUCCUGCCCGGCCUUCUCCACGCUUGGUACGUCAUCCUUCAGAACCCGGACGCAUACGACGCAUACAACCAAAUACCCGACGGCGAGCGUGCCCAAGGCAGCGAUGGACGCACCACGUACUAUGUUAUAUCGCACGAACAACCGGCUGGACGAGGUGCGCAGGCUAACUAUGGUACUGUUGGGAGUCAGCCAAGCAACGGACAGUUCCCUGGGCAGCAAAGCGGCGUUGUGAACAGUUUCUCGCAGCCUAAGCAGAACAAGUCAGCGAAGGGAAGCGCACCUGCUGCGCCGCAGGGCCAGCAGGACGGUGGAGGUUCGUCGAGCCAGCCAGAAGGGCCUCCUCCUACGUAUGCGGAUGUGAUCAAGGGCGACCACAAAGUACAGGACCCGUAGACGGGUAUUUUAGAGCUAUGUGGCAUGUAAACUAGGAAGAACAGUAUGAAGGCAUAGGUCGUUGCUGGCGUAUUGGCUGUGGAGAUAACUCCAGCAUGGCGUUUGUGGGAUGACAUGGUCCGCUUGGCUGUUUUUGAAAGGCAGGAUUGGUUCCCAGCAGAAAUAAUAUCAGCUUCAUCAAUCGAAUACGACGCAGUAGUCCAGCAUGAUUGACCC